GUGUCUGAAGCUGGAGCAGAAAUUUUUUGAAUAAUGCUGUUCUAAUAUAAGUACCUAAUAGGACGAUCAUUAUUUAGCGUAUUAUUUAGGAUUGUUCAAAUAUCGUAAUUGUUGUUUAACAUUUGAUCAGAUCAGACUUGCCAAUUUUAAAGUCAGAAAUGAAAUCAGCAAUGGAGAAGAGUUGUAUGGAGGAAAUCAGUCACACUGUUCUAGAUUCUCUACAGAAGAUAUCAGUUCGAACAAUAUCAAACAGCUACGGACUAAACAUAGCGGAAGCUGUUGCAAUCCUUCAAAAAUGGAUCGACGAAAAUGCUGCAAAAGCCAAACUUGCGCCGGAAUUCAUAGUCCGCGGCAUCAAUCCGCAGCGGGGAAGCGCAUUUGUAACUGUGGCAAGCGACAAAAAACUUAAAACCAUUCAAUCCAAGGCCAAACAGGUCAGCAGUUUACUGUAUUCGGUUGAAGUCGCUUCGGUAUCCUCGCGGAAGAUAACGAUCCCCGAAGAUCAGGAGUUCAAAGUAAUUAACCUUCCCUUGGAAGCGGGUAAGCGCGACAUAAAAGUAUUUGUACCUGCAGAUCUUCCACCGGCCGCGGUUAAACCGGAACCAAAAUCGAAAAUAAAUUCCAUGUUUGCGGCUGGAUCUUCCAAACCCGUUUCGAAACCAGAACCACCUAAACCAGCAAUCAAAGAAGAGAAACAAAGUUCACCGCCGUUGACAAUAAAACAGGAACCGGCUAAACCAUCCUCGCCGAAGAAAUCUCCAGCGAAAGGUUCUCCUAGUAAGAAAAAGGAAUCCAAAAAACCAGUCACAGGAAAAGCCUCGAUAGCUUCCUUCUUUUCUAACAAACCGGCGACUACAAAAGCUGCUGUUAGCACCCCGGUAGUGACAGUGAAGGAAGAAAAAGUUUCACCGAAAGAGGAGACAGCACAGGAUAAGCAGCUGAAUGGUAAGCAACAGGAUGAAUCUCAGCGUUGGAAGCGAAUGAUUUCUGACGAAUCUGACGAUGAUGAUGUGGUUCCGAACACGCCACAGGAAAAGAAGGAAACGAAAAAAGCGGGUGGUAGGAAAAAGUCGAUGACAACCAAGAAGGAAGCUGCGAAUAAAAAGAAUGUCAAUCCGAGCAAGAAAUCUAGAAUCCUGCAGAUUGAAGAUUCUAGUGAGGAUGACGAGGGAGAUGAAGAUAAGAGCUUUAAGGAACCGGAAGAGCGAGAGAUUCAGUUUGAAGCCGAGGGACCACAGGACGUGGAAAUGAAGGAUAGUGAGGAGAGGGAUGAAAGCCCCACAAAGUCUGCAGACAAUGAUUCGAGCAGUUUGCAACGAAAGAAGGCCAAGGUUAAGAAACUGGUUACGAAGACAUUUCAGGAUGAUGCGGGCUAUUUGAUUACCGUGAAAGAAUACGAGAUGGUUUCCGCUUCGGAAGAUGAAGUGGAUGAUGUGUCUAACAACAAUACCACGGAGGGUAAGGACAUCGCGAAACAAUCCCCACCGGAUGGGGGCAAAGAAAAUAAGAGUGUCAAAGCGGCAGAUAAAAAGGUCAGCAAGGCGACGCCACCGACGCCCAAAACCAAACAGGGUUCGAUAAAGAGCUUUUUCUCAAAAAAAUAAUUAUAUUUUCUUAUGAAUAAAA